AUGUCUCCUGUGUCUGCUGCUGCUGCAGGUGCAGCAGAAGAUGCAGCAGCAGCAGCAGCAGCAGCAGAAGAAGCAGAAGGAGAUAGGGACUUCCUGCAUCCAGCAGCAGCAGCAGCAGCAGCAGCAGCAGAAGAGGAGACAGUGGGGCUUGAGCUGUCUCCGCGACUCAGCGGCAGCAGCCACAGCAAAAGAAGCAAACGCUGCCCUGACCCUUCGAUUGGGUUUUGCUGUUUUCAUCUCAUUUAUGCAAUACAAAAAUCACCUACCACUGCAGCAGCGCCCCAAAGAGACCCGCAGCAGCAGCAGCAACAGCAGCAGCAGCGGCCGCGGCGGCGGCUGCAGCUGCUGCGGUUGCUGCUGCCAGCAGCAACUGCUACCACCUCGUCCUUUUUGAUAAGGCACUCGUGGUCCUUUGUUUAUAACUCUGUCUUUCCUGCAGCAGCAGCGUUAGUCGUGGCGGCAGCAGCAGCAGCGGCAGCAGCAGCAGCUGCUGCAGCAGCAGCUGCACGCCAGCAGCUGCAGCGGCUUUUGACCGUGCCGCGAUUCAUGACUCCGUGGGGUGUACAGGCAGCAUAG